CUCACCCUUCCCUCUUCAUCAGGUUAAAAUCAGAAGCUAGCAAAACAAAACAAUACAAAUACUAAAAAUCUCCCUGUCUUGCUUCCCAAGUUCAACAUCAAACCAUCAAUGGCUUCCUCCCUGGCUCUCAAGAGACUAGUCUCCUCUAGCAUCAUCCCUAGCAGCUCUUCUCUCCGCUCCUUUCUCCGCCCGGUAGCCACCUGUCCUUCUUCUUCUCGCCUUUUCAACACCAAUGCCCUCAGAGACUAUGACGAUGAUCAUGAAAGCGGCCGUGGGAGUGAUGAUCGCCCCUCCCAUCGCUCUCUUGCACGCAGCCGUGAUGACUUUCUCUCUGGUAACGUGUUUGAUCCAUUUUCACCGACGAGGAGUUUGUCCCAGGUCCUUAACAUGAUGGACCAAUUCAUGGAAAACCCACUCAUCUCUGCCCCCCGUGCUGGUGGACUCCGCCGUGGAUGGGAUGCGCGGGAGACCGAUGAUGCUCUCAAUCUCCGAAUUGAUAUGCCUGGUCUUGGCAAGGAGGAUGUCAAGGUCUCCGUGGAGCAGAACAGUCUAGUAAUUAAAGGGGAAGGAGCAAAGGAAUCGGAAGAUGAAGAGAAUGCGAGGAGGUACAGCAGCAGGAUUGAUUUGCCCGAGAAAAUGUACAAAACUGAUGAAAUAAAAGCCGAGAUGAAAAAUGGGGUUCUAAAGGUUGUGGUGCCUAAGGUGAAAGAAGAGGAGAGGGCUAAUGUUCUCCAUGUUAAGGUUGAGUAGGUUGCAGGGGAGUCUUUGUGAGUGGUAAUGUUUCGAGUGAGCAAGCAUACAGAGUUGUGAAAUUUGGUUGCCAAUGGUUUGAACUAAUUUGGAUGCUGCUGUUGUUUUUUAUAUCAAUGAUAGUUCCGUUUUAGUCUAAA